UUUGAGUUCAUAAGAACAAAAACGGAAGUGGUGUUGGGAUAUAACAUUGAAAUCCAUCGUUAUAUGCUUACCUAAACAGCCAUGUUUCUAUUUCCUCAACUCUUUGUAUUCUGCUGUUUCUUUGUAGCGCUUGUCAUGGCGGAGUUUUCCCAUGGCCAGACCACACAAACCAAUGAUGUUCUUACUCAAGGCCAACCCCUAUCAAUUGGGUCUCAAUUAAUUUCAUCCACCGCCACUUUUGUGCUAGGAUUUUACAAUCCUCAAAGUUCUAAUUCCACUUACUUGGGAAUUUCCUACAACACAAAUGACCAGAAACCAAUCUGGAUAGCCAAUCGAAACUCCCCAUUUCCCAACAAUUCUGCGUCGAUCAUCCUCAUAAUCGACGUCAACGGCAGCUUGAAAAUCCAAAAUGGGAAUUAUUCCUUUUCACUUUUCAAUGGCGGACAACCAACCACCAGCAGCGCCAUAUUACAAGACGACGGCAACUUUGUACUACGAGAACUGAACAGAGAUGGGUCAGUAAAGCAGAUUCUGUGGCAGAGCUUUGAUCAUCCAACAGAUACACUGCUUCCCGGAAUGAAAAUUGGGAUCAAUCACAAAACUAACUCCACUUGGUCAUUAACAUCAUGGAGAAGCAAUGAAUAUCCGAAGCCAGGAGAUUUCAGACUGGGAAUGAAUCCAAACAAUACGUACGAGUUAAUGAUGUUUAUCAGAGAUGCUCUGCUUUGGAGGAGUGGGAACUGGAAAGACGGUUCGUUCGAAUUCUUGUCAUACUAUCAAGGAACGAUCAAUUUCAAUCGAGUUUCGAAUGAGAACGAAACGUAUUUCAUUUACUACAUCCCAAAACUCGAUCGAUAUUCUGUCCAUAGAGAUUCAUAUGAAUAUUCAUAUGAAUACCGAAACUCAGGGGAAUUUAUACUACCCCAAUUGAGAUUAGAAAAUGAUGGGGUUUUGACAAUCAACGAUCAAAAAUAUUUUCCUCUCGCUUGCCUCACCCCUCAAGAUGAAGUGGCUAAUUCUUGUGUGUGGAAAAAGCAGGACAAAAUACCGGAGUGCAGGAAUAAGUUGUCUUAUGACUACGGUCCGCUCUUUUCGGUGAUUAAUGGUUACAACUUGGAGAGGAUUAAUGGUUCUAGUUAUUACUACGAACGAAGUGGGAACUUCUCAAUGUUUGAUUGCCAAAGUAUUUGCAUUAAUGAUUGUGAUUGCAUCGCUUUUGCGAUUCCAGCGUACGAGAGUGAUUCCGGCUGUGAGUUUUGGAAGUCAGGUGCCGAGUUUAGUACAGAUCAGUACGACAGUUCACAAAUGAUUUGGUCACUGUACACAGAUAAUUACGAGAUUCAAAAUGGAAAAUGGAAGGUUUGGGUGCAAAUAACUGUGGCUCUAACCAUACCUGCAACUUUUCUCCUACUCUGUUUUAUUAUAUACGCCAAAUGGAGAACACAAAUAUUCAAAGCUAUCAGAAAAGUAAAGAAAGGUUUUCUUCGGGGGAUGGGAAUGAUAUCCGAAGGUUACAACAUUUUAAGAAUAAUGAUCAUACAAAUUAGAGAUGGAAAAAAGAACCCUGAAUUGCAAUUUUUUGACUUCGAAACCAUACUCUCUGCUACAAAUAGUUUUGGAGAUGACUGUAAGCUUGGACAAGGUGGUUUCGGACCUGUUUAUAAGGGAGUUAUGACAGAUGGGCAAGAAGUAGCGAUUAAAAGACUGUCAAAGAACUCAGGACAAGGAUUGGUUGAGUUUAAGAACGAAACUAUUUUGAUUGCUAAACUUCAACACACAAAUUUGGUUAGGCUUAUUGGUUGCUGUCUUCAUAAAGAAGAGAAAUUGUUGGUUUAUGAGUAUAUGCCCAACAAAAGCCUUGACUUUUUCCUCUUUGAUUCGGAAAAGAAGUUAAUACUUGAUUGGGAAAAACGUUUGCACGUCGUCCAAGGAAUAGUUCAAGGACUACUCUACCUUCACUACUACUCAAGAGUACGAAUAAUUCAUCGAGAUUUAAAAGUUAGCAACAUUUUACUCGAUGAUGAAAUGAAUGCAAAAAUAUCGGAUUUUGGUAUGGCUAGAGUCUUUAAGCCAUCAGACAACGAAGCAAACACAAGUCGGGUGGUUGGUACAUAUGGGUAUAUAUCACCAGAAUAUGCAAUGGAGGGUAUUUUCUCAAUAAAGUCCGACGUGUACAGUUUUGGAAUACUAUUGUUGGAGAUCAUAACAAGUCAAAAGAACUACAACAAUUAUGACUCAGAACGACCCCUCAACCUUAUAGGAUAUGCAUGGGAAUUGUGGGUGAAUGGGAGAGGAGAAGAGCUUAUUGACUUGGGUUUAUGCAAUUCCAAUGAUCAGAAAGCAAAGGCCCUAAGGUGCAUUCAUGUUAGUCUUUUAUGUGUCCAACAAAUCGCGGCGGAUAGGCCGACGAUGUUGGAUAUUUAUUUCAUGAUCAACAAUGAUUCCGCUCAACUUCCAUCUCCCAAACAACCUGCUUUUUUUGUUGCUCAAAACCCGAGUUCCUCCGAACGGGAAAUGGAAGAGGUGGAUAGUGAACUCACACGACCUAUAGAACCAACGCCGGAAAUUUGUUCGUUGAAUUCUAUGACACUCUCAACAAUGGUUGCUAGGACCAUGUUUCUAUUUCCUCAGCUCUUUGUAUUCUGCUGUUUCUUUGUAGCGUUUGUCAUGGCGGAGUUUUCCCAUGGCCAGACCACACAAACCAAUAAUGUUCUUACUCAAGGCCAACCCCUAUCAAUUGGGUCUCAACUAAUUUCAUCCACCGCCACUUUUAUUCUAGGAUUUUACAUUCCUCGACGUUCUAAUUCCACUUAUUUGGGAAUUUCCUACAACAGAAUUGACCAGCAACGACCGAUCUGGAUAGCCAAUCGAAACUCCCCAUUUCCCAUCAAUUUUGAUUCGAUGAGCCUUACAAUCGACUUGAAUGGCAGCUUGAAAAUCCGAAGUGGGAUUUAUUCCUUUUCUCUUUUUAAUGGCGGACAACCAACCACCAGCAGCGCCAUAUUACAAGACGACGGCAACUUUGUACUACGAGAGUUGAACAGAGAUGGGUCAGUAAAGCAGAUUGUUUGGCAGAGCUUUGAUCAUCCAACAGAUACUCUGGUUCCCGGAAUGAAAAUUGGGAUCAAUCACAAAACUAACUCCACUUGGUCAUUAAUAUCAUGGAGAAACUAUAAAUCUCCGAAGCCAGGAGGUCUGAGUCUGGGAAUGAAUCCGAACAAUACAUAUGAGUUAGUGAUGUUUGUCCGAGAUGCUCUGUUUUGGAGGAGUGGGAAUUGGAAAGAAAGUUCGUUCAAACACUUGGAAGAAAUCAGUUUCGGUCGAGUUUCGAAUGAGAACGAAACGUAUUUCGUUUAUUACAUCCCUGGAAAUUCAUGUCGUUACGGAAAGUCAGGGGAACUUAUACUACAGCAAAUAAGAUUAGAAAAUGAAGGGUCUUUGACAAUCAACGAUAAUCGAGAUGUUUUCAGUUGCCAAGAUGGGGUGGAUGAUGGUUGUGUGUGGAGAAAGCAGGACAUAAUACCGGAGUGCAGGUAUAAGUUCUAUAAUGGCCAUGGUUCGUUCGUUCGGUGGGAAAAUCGUUAUUACAAUGGGGAGAGGAUUAAUGGUUCUAAUUAUUACUACAAACUAAGUGGGAACUUAACCAAGUUUGAGUGCCAAGUUAUUUGCAUUAAAGAUUGUGAUUGCAUCGCUUUUGGGAUUCCAGCGUACGAAAGUGACUCCGGCUGUGAGUUUUGGAAGUCAGGUGCCAAGUUUAUUCGAGGGUACGACAGUUCACAACAGAUUUGGUCACUGGACACAUAUGUUUACGAGUUUCCAAACACAAAUAACCAGUCUCCAAAUGGAAAAUGGAAGGUUUGGGUGCAAAUAACUGUGGCUCUAACCAUACCUGCAACUUUUCUCCUACUCUGUUUUAUUAUAUUCGCCAAAUGGAGAACACAAAUAUUCAAAGCUAUCAGAAAAGCAAAGAAAGGUUUUCUUCGGGGGAUGGGAAUGAUAUCCGAAGGUUACAACAUUUUAAGAAAAACGAUCAUACAAAUUAGAGAUGGUAAAAAGAACCCUGAAUUGCAAUUUUUUGACUUCGAAACCAUACUCUCUGCUACAAAUAAUUUUGGAGAUGACUGUAAGCUUGGACAAGGUGGUUUCGGACCUGUUUAUAAGGGAGUUAUGACAGAUGGGCAAGAAGUAGCGAUUAAAAGACUGUCGAAGAACUCAGGACAAGGAUUGGUUGAGUUUAAGAACGAAACUAUUUUGAUUGCUAAACUUCAACACACAAAUUUGGUUAGGCUUAUUGGUUGCUGUCUUCAUAAAGAAGAGAAAUUGUUGGUUUAUGAGUAUAUGCCCAACAAAAGCCUUGACUUUUUCCUCUUUGAUUCGGAGAAGAAGUUAAUACUUGAUUGGGAAAAACGUUUGCACGUCGUCCAAGGAAUAGUUCAAGGACUACUCUACCUUCACUACUACUCAAGAGUACGAAUAAUUCAUCGAGAUUUAAAAGUUAGCAACAUUUUACUCGAUGAUGAAAUGAAUGCAAAAAUAUCGGAUUUUGGUAUGGCUAGGGUCUUUAAGCCAUCAGACAAUGAAGCAAUCACAAGUCGGGUGGUUGGUACAUAUGGGUAUAUAUCACCAGAAUAUGCAAUGGAGGGUAUUUUCUCAAUAAAGUCCGACGUGUACAGUUUUGGAAUAUUAUUGUUGGAGAUCAUAACAAGUCAAAAGAACUACAACAAUUAUGACUCAGAACGACCACUCAACCUCGUAGGAUAUGCAUGGGAAUUGUGGGUGAAUGGGAGAGGAGAAGAGCUUAUUGACUUGGGUUUAUGCAAUUCCGAUGAUCAAAAAGCAAAGGCCCUAAGGUGCAUUCAUGUUAGUCUUUUAUGUGUCCAACAAAUCGCGGCAGAUAGGCCGACGAUGUUGGAUAUUUAUUUCAUGAUCAACAAUGAUUUCGCUCAACUUCCAUCUCCCAAACAACCUGCUUUUUUUGUUGCUCAAAACCCGAGUUCCUCCGAAGGGGAAAUGGAAGAGGUGGAUAGUGAAACUCAUACGACCUAUAGAACAAACACCAGAAAUUUUUUCGUUGAAUUCUACGACACUGUCAAUGAUGGUUGCUAGGUGAAGCUCUCGAUCAUGCGUCUCAAAUCAACUUAAUAUUGUCACCUUAUAUCUAUCAUAAUAUAUAGUUCUAGCAGUGUUUUACCGUUAUUGUAUUGCAGGUAGUAAUUGGACGUGUAUCUCCCUUAUUUAAACCGUGAAUCUCAUUAAUUAGUUUGUAAUGCUCAACUUUUCUUCAAAGGUAUUAGAUUAAAUGUGUGGGUGGAAGAUUCAAUCUUCCAACUUAGAAGUUGAUAAUAUAUGUAUCAAUUGAGCUACCUUUUACAUUUGUUUGAGAAAA